AUGGCCGCACAAUCAAUUUGGGCUGGGCUGGCUGGCACUACAACAUCUGGAAGGAGGCAAGGAGCCGACGCUGCAGGCUACACCUCGUGCAAUGUGCUCCGCCUCCGCAGACCGACAAGAAAAAUUGUGAUCGAAAUCUACCUAAUAUCUGGCCGUCUGUUCGCGGCGGAGAAGAGAUCGAGCAAGAAGACCAAGGAGACCAAGAACAUAAGAUCGAUCAAAAAGAUUCGUGGAAUAUGUAGAUCGCUAGCUUCCACCGAUUCGCCCACCUACCGUAUUGCAGAUCGUGUUCGCGAGGAGCGUGUCCCAAGUCCUGACGAGCUCCAGGGAGUUCUUCAGCUGCUCCCAUGCCCUGGUGAAGUUGGAUUGCUCUACAUCCUCGACCGCCUCAGCUGUGUUGGUCCAGGACAAGGUCUGCGCCGACGGAUGGAAAUGGGCAAAAGCAUGGAUAAAAGGAAAAGGCUGAUUAGGGGAGCUGCUGUUUUUGUUGUUUGGGCUGCGAUUGUUGUAGCUGUUCGGGUCUUAAAAAGAAAGAGAAGACCACGUAUUUCCUAUGGGCCAAUGCAUGAAAGAGAUCGGAUGAGAAUUGACUAUCUCACUAGUAAAAUAUGGCACUCAGAUGUGACUUGUAUAAACAUGUUGCGGUUUAACAGAGCUUCUUUCUUUAGGCUGUGUGAGAUAAUGAGAGAACGCCAGUUGCUAGAAAAUACUGUCCAUUUAUGUGUGGAACAGCAAGUGGCAAUGUUCUUGCAUACAAUUGGACAUAAUGUUCGAAAUAGAGUUGUUUCAACAAAUUUUGGUAGAUCGUUCAGCACAACUAGCAUAUAUUUUAGGCAAGUCCUUCAUGCCAUUGGUGAGCUGCGUAAUGAAUAUAUCAGGCCACCUUCAUCGGAGACCCCAGAAAAGAUAGCAGGAAACCCUCGGUUUGACCCAUAUUUUAAGGAUUGUAUUGGAGCUAUUGAUGGUACACAUGUGCGAGCAUAUGUUGUUAAAGAUGUGGAAGAUUCAUUUCGUGGUAGGAAGCCUUUUCCUACUCAAAAUGUGAUGGCAGCGGUAGAUUUUGACCUCCGGUUCACAUAUGUGUUGGCUGGGUGGGAGGGGACAGCCCAUGAUGCAAACGUUUUAGCUGAUGCAUUAGGGCGUGAGAGAGGCCUGCAAGUACCCGAAGGAAAAUAUUACCUAGUUGAUGCCGGAUAUGGAGCCAAGCCUGGCUUCAUCCCACCGUUCUGUAAUGUGAGAUACCAUUUGAACGAGUGGGGCAACAAUCCCGUCCAAAAUGCGGAAGAACUUUUCAACCUUAGGCACUCAUCUCUACGUAUAGCUGUAGAGCGAGCUUUUGGAUCCCUCAAGAGAAGAUUCAAGAUUUUAGAUGAUGCCAAACCGUUCUUUCCCUUUCCGGUACAAGUUGACAUUGUUGUAGCUUGUUGUGUUCUUCACAAUUAUGCACUAUCCCAAGGAAUUGAUGAAUUCAUCUUACCGGAGGUAACUUGGACCGCCCAACCAAUCCGGUCACAAACUCAGCAAGCAAAAAUGGACAAUUUUGAAAGCACCGAUGCAAGUGGGAGCAACACGCAGGGUGCAACUUCACUGGUAUGCUGGACCAAUUCUAUGUCCACCAUGAUGCUUGGCUUUUUGGCUGACCUUGUGGCUAGUGGUAAAAGAACAUCAAGUGGAAUGCGUUGGAUGAACUGA